CAGGACCAUGGGGCACCUUAGCUGCAGCCCUAUGUUUCUGAGGGAGAGAGCUUGGACUGGGGGGCAAGGGGCUUCCUGACUGCUUCUCUCUCGAGCCAACACUUAGUCUGUGACAAGGGCUCAUCUCUCAGAUGAGGGGAAGGUCCUAUACCCCUGCACCCUGGACCAUGGGUGUGCCAGGAGGGUCAAAAUAUGGAUGGAAGGGAUAUCUCUGCUAUAGGGCAAGGAAUGCAGUCAGAGAGGGAGUGGAAGCUGUGGCUAUGUCAGUUCACCCACUUUGCUAUUGAGCUCUCCCAAUAUACUCUAUCUCCAGCACCUUUGUCUUUACCUCCUGUGUCUCUUCCUUCUACCUCCUGUCUCCCUUAGUCCAGCCAGUGAAGCAGAGUUGAGGGAGGGUGCAGUUCUGGGAUGAGGUCGAGGGUAACAGAAGCUGUAAGGUCCCAGGAGCCUCUUUUGGGACUCCUUGACCUUGGGAACCCCUUGCCCCUUUCUCCUGGGCCCCAGGUAAGUGCACCAGUUUCUUCCUGGACCACGACCAGAGCCACACACAGAUAAAUGAGUUUUCCUGGAAGGAUGUUACCAAUGCCUUGUCCUUUGUCAACAUGGUCCUGGGGCUCUUCUCCAUCUUCUGCAGUUUCAGCAGGAAAUCCCACUGUGCCUCCUGGAUGCUUCUGGUCAGCUUCCUAUUAGAUACUGCAGUCCAGACAAUGACCAAGCACCUCAACAUCUGCCCCAAAUCAGGAACUGAGCUGAACGACUUUGCUGUCUUCACCACCUUUGGCCUGGCUUCAGCCCUGCUCCUGGGUGUGGAUGGGCCUUUGAAUGGCUUCCUGGCCAUCAUCUAUGUGGCAGCUGCAUCUUUCCGCCUCUGUUUUUAUUCAACUGGAGUCCCCUUCACAUACAAGGGCCUGCCUUGCUCCUAUGCUUCCUGCGUGUUGGCUUCCACUUCCCUCCUGACCAAAGGCAACACGUUCAUUCUCUGUUGUAUGGCCUCGCUCAUGAUUUUAUUCAUGAUGGACCAGAGUUACUACCCACACGACGAGAUCCUUGAGUCUGAGAACUGGAAAAAAGUCAUUUAUAUGGGCGGUGUCGUCAUGCUGUUUUUCUCCCCCUUCUCUCUAAUUGCUUUUUACUGCCUGAUGUGGUCGCUGUCCUACAUCUUCUUUCCAGAUGCUCUGUGGGGCAAAGCGGCCUGUCUUAGGCUACAGCACUGAGGAAACUAAACAGCUCUACCAACUCCCACUGCCUCUGUGGGGUUUGCGCCAGCAUGUUGGGCCAAGCCUUGCCUUAUCCUCACUAAAGCUUCCCUUGUAUGUGUGUUGUCAUGUGCUAGAUACAUUGUAUCUCUGUUGCCUUGAACCAGAACAACCCACAGUAGGGCCAGCGGCUUUUGCUUCUUUUCUUAAUUCAGGGUUCUGACUCCCUUGGUGACAAUACUUGUUUAUGUCAUGUAGAACAGAAUCCCCCCACCACCACCAAAUUUGGGCUGGGCUUGAGUUCCAGCUCUGUUACUAGCUGGAUGACCUUGUGCACUAAGGUUCUUCCCUUGGAAAGGAGUGAAAUCCUUCAGAGCUGGUACAGACUCUGCCUCAGCCCUGCCUGAUCAUAAUUGCCCCAGUGUGGCAGGGAGUGGGGGUGGGGGCUUACUGAGGCAUUUCUUACACCUGCAGAGUCUUGUCUCAGAGCAGAGCUAAUCACAGGACAGUCACGUUGCCCACUCUUGAAAGUGUAUAGGGCUGUAACUUAAACAUUCUGUAAAGGUGUACCUCAAAGAGAACUUGGGUCCACUGAAAGCAACGAGCGCCCGGCAUGACCUCUGGACUUUCCACCUCCGGAGGGCAGACCGAAAGGAUUGUUAGCUAAUUCUGCCCCUUACUCAAAGAUGGCACCAGAGCACCUUUUACCACAGGUCUAACUUUUUGAAGUUUUCCCAACAAUGUAUAUGGUAAAUAUGCAUCAUAUCUAAAUUAGAUUUUUAAAAAUAAAAGUCCAGAGCAGCCCACAUUGCUAUGAUUGGCUCUAAAGGAACAGGUAGUACCCUCCUCCCAUGCUCUCUGUUGUGUCAUUUCUAUGUUGUCAUGGUUGGAUGAAUGUGUCUUUGUCUCAUUAAGUUUGGGCUUUUUUCUUUUUUUUUUUGUCCCAUUAAGUUUUAAUCUCCUUCAGUUUACGUUUUUAUAUUUCUGCUACCUGCCACAGUGCCUGGCACUCAAAAUGUUUACUUUGUAGAUGAAUUGAUUUAGAUGUGGAUUUUAGUAAGUUAUAUACAAGGUUACUAUAAUGUAGUAAGAAUUUUACAAAUAUACAUGGGCUCAGACAUUUCAAUGUGUUGUCCUUCAGUGCCUACAUUCAUUUUAGUGUGAUGCUGUCCUUAAUCAAAAUAUUUUAAGAACUCCAAUUUGAGAACUGUCUUUAUGUUGCCUCUUAGGGACCAGCUACACAGUGCCUACAUAUAGUUGGUGCUCAAAAAAACAACAAAAAACCCUAAAACAACAAAGAACCCCCAAAAGACUUGUUUUACUCUGAACCCACCAAAUUUAUUCCAAAAACCUAAUAUUUGAGAUUAGCUAAUGAUGUUCUAUACUUAAAUCACAUUAGUUAUCCUAUUUGGCCUCAAAUGACUUCUUGCUGUUUCUAAAAUUUGAAACUAUGUUCAAAGGAAAAAGAUACAGUUCUGAAAGAGGAUUUCCAUGUCUAUUUUAAGUGACGGCAGCAGAGUUAAAAUAAAUAUAUAGACCCCCAAAAGCACUGCUUUAAAGAGUAAAAUACCUAUUUGGAUGUAUAAAUUGUGGUUUGGUUAUAACAAUAAUUGAUACUUCAUUGCCUCAUAUUUUGUGGGUUAGUGACACUAGAAUAGUUAUAGAUCAGCUGAAAGCCUCUUGAUGUAACAGAGGGCUAUGUGCUUUCUUGCAGCUCUGUGAGAGGGCAGCUCCACUUCUGCACUGGCUCAGGGUCUCAGAUGUUAAUGCUAAUGCUAACCAUCCAAUGUGAGAAGCCCAAGACUUUAAAUAAAUAAAUAAAUAAAUAAACACUACUCAGAUGAGUAUAUGAAUAUGGAUCCUGAGAUUGCAUUAGGUUAUAAUUGUCUAGUUACUUACAUAUAUCUA